AUGUUCUACGAGAUAGAACUUAUGUUAACCACACGGACAGUUGUUUUGAGCAUAUUGGUGAUCUUCUCUUCAAACGCCCUAGGAGACAUUAAUAGCCUCUAUAGCGAUGCAGACCACUACUGGGACUUUGAACAAACACCAGAGUCACAUAUCAUUGAUAAAAGAACUAAACACCCAAUAACGCUUCAUGGAUCUCCAGAAAUUCUUGACUCGCCAACGGGGAAAGGCAUCUAUCUUCAAGGAACAAGAAAGAAUUCGUCCAUAGACCUCCUAAGAGUCAGUGGCUCAUCAUGUCUCUUCGAUCCUUCAACCUGCACAGCAGGCUUGUCAAUUACCAUGUUUUUGAAAUUUAGACGAGGCGGGGAGCGUAGCAUCAACAGUACUCAAAUGUUUUUCGGUAACAGCGUAGGUACGGAAUUCCGGCAAGGGGUGUCGAUCUUUUACAACGAGGAGAGUGGAUUCUUCAAUGCGACUGUUUUCGGCAGCACAAAUUUUUGUUUCCGAUGGUUUAAACUGGUCGUAAACUCGUGGACGUACAUCCAUCUCCGGUGGAAGAACAGCGCUGAUAACGAAGGAAUGCUAAACGUGACGGUGGAGGGAAAUGUAGAUCCUUCUGGUUACAUUACCUGCGGUUCAAUAACCUCUCCACUGCCCACAGAGAGAGAUUAUAGCCUAGGAAAUGCAGCUUUCCCUGUGGCUUAUUUUGAUAACGUAGCCAUAUGGUAUAGGGAUGAACCAACCAACACCGCACCGUGGAGUUACAUCACAGUUAAAAAACAUGACGCUAAUGACAUUGCUGAUCGUAGCAAUUUUGGUGGUAAUACCACACUUUCUCUUGAAAUUACCCUCGACAAGCCAUGGAAUUCAGACUUCAGCAACAGUGGAUCGACACAGUUCCAAACCUUAAAAAAUGAAAUCAUCAGUCAGAUUGAGAGAAUUUAUAACAAUAACGAUGGCCUUAGCCACAAAGACAUUCAACAAUUUACCUCUGACAGCUCUGGCGGUGUGAACGCACAUAUUGAACUCAAAUUUGACCGGAAGACUUCUUGGGAAGACAGCUUCGUUUUACAGGAUUGUCUUGAAAACGGACGUUUUCUUGGGGGAACUGUUGCCAACAUUACGGACUGCGACGCGGACGAUGGAUUUUUUUGUGAGGGACUUAACAUCGUCGCAAACAGUAGUGACAUUGGUUCAAGGCAUUUGGGAAUCUCUUUCAACGCCGUGGAAAAACUGAAUCAUCAUAAGCAUCUAAUGGGAUAUACUGUGCUGCACAAGAAAACAGACAGCAACGACCCGUGGAAACCACAUGAUGUCCGUGGAGGCUGGCCUCACUAUUACAAAAUUACUGGCUUGAAGCCCUAUACAAACUAUUCAGUUCGGGUUACGCCGUAUUCCUUUCAAGCCGCUGGUUUGUUGGGACCAAUCACUAUUCUUGAAACAGCGGAAGAAGUGCCAGCCAGUGGUCCCGUCAUCCUGGAAGCUUAUAAUAUCAACAUGACAAGUGUAUUUGUGCGAUGGAACAAAAGCAGUAUUCCAAAGGAGGACUGGAACGGAAUGCCAAGGGGGUUCCGCGUGCACGGGCAGGGAAAGCCAUGCACGAGUUAUCAUGUGCCUCCAAACGACGUGGGGUUGAACGUGUCUUCAUUCACAGUCACUGGUUUACAAGCUUGGGUGGUUUAUAUUGUUAAAAUCAGCGGAGUAACAAGCCCAGGACAUGGGGUCGCCUCUGAAGUUCGAGUAAAGACUAAUGACUCAGUUCCUGCUCGUGGCCCCCGAGGCAUUCGUAUCACUGCAACAAGUAAUCACAGCGUGAAAGUCACGUGGGAUACCGUGCAUGUAUGUCAUGUGCACGGACCUGUCGUGUCAUACGAGGUUCACUUACGAGAUGUACAGGGUGAGAGCUCAGAUAUAAUGCACAAUGUAAGUGUUCUGGCGGAACAGGAGCGAAGACUGGAUUUCACCAGUUUGGAGAUCUACUGGGAAUAUGGAGUCCGCAUUAAGGCUUUUACAACCUUGGGAGUUGGACCAUUUAGCGUCGAAGUCACUGGCAUGACAGAUGAAUGGGUGCCAAUAGUUGCUCCAAGCAAUGUUGUCCCUUCUGAUCCAGAAACAACAAGUAUAAGAUUGUCGUGGUAUUUUGAAGACAAAGUGCGAGACGUUCUUGGCAUUUUAAGGGGAUUUAGAAUAUUUUACCAACUUGCUAACAGCAGCUCUGCGCCGUUACAACGACUGGAAGUAAAUGGAAAUAACAUUCGAGAAGCUGAAAUAACUGGAUUAGAGAUUUACAGGUUUUAUAAGAUUUCAGUGGCUGGGAAAACGAGCAAGGGUCACGGAGUGAUCAGCGAACAUGUGUAUAUGCGUACUUUGGGUACAGCACCCGGUCACCAUCCUGUACCCAUCUAUAUUUUUAAUACAAGUUCCACAAGCCUCCGUGUCACGUGGGGUAAAGUUCCAGACCACUUUCAUCAUGGCGAGGUGAGAGGAUAUCGCGUGUUUUUGGAGGAAAGUGGACACUCUGAUGCAGUAGUAGGAAAUUAUACAGUGCCCCUCAGCACAAACACCUCAGAUUUCACUGGUUUGAAAAAGUUUACGACCUACAGUGCUCGUGUUCGCGCAUAUUCCCUCUUUGGGGAGGGGCCAGAUGAGGAGGUUACCGCAUCAACAGACGAGGACGUUCCUAUCGGAGCUCCUUUCGAAGUACGUGGAAGGAACACGAGCGCUUGGAGUCUUCUGAUCGAAUGGGAAUUUGACCCAAAUGUACGGCUGGUGCUUGGUGUUCUCCUCGGAUUUCACGUGCAUUAUUUGAAUAUAAACGACAGCCAUGCACUUUGGAAUUUUAAAACAGUUCGUGAUCCCCUGGCCCGCCAAACAACAUUAACAGGCUUAGAGGAGUACAGAGAUUAUAACAUUACUGUUACCGCCUUUACCAGGAUUGGUGAAGGUGCCAAGAGCCCUUUCAUACUCAAAAGAACAGAGGAGCACGUUCCCAGGGCUCCUCCAAGUAACAUCGUUGCUAUAAACAGAAGCUCGACAAGCCUUCGUGUGGACUGGGGCGAGGUCUCCUUCCCUGAUCAAUUGGGUAUCAUCCGAGGAUACAGGCUAAUUAUGUGGAGAACUAAUCACAGUGCAGUUAUUUUACGGAACAUAACAAUAUUGGUUCCAACGCGAACUUUCAGCCUCUUAGGAUUAGAGAAGUAUACAAACUACACAAUCCAGGUGUCGGCGUUCACCAUCAAAGGAGAAGGAAUCAAGAGCGAACCGACUAUUGCAAUCACUGACGAGGACGUGCCAACCUGGAGGCCUUCGCAUAUUACCGCAUGGAAUACGAGCUCUACCUCAAUCUUGUUGUCAUGGAAGCCAUUGGCUGACCCCUACUUUCUUCACGGCAUACUCCGUGGUUACCACAUCACUUACGACAGAUUAGAUGGUCUGGAAUCCACUGUGCAAGUACGAGUGUGCAGUUCAACUUUGUCGCUGGAGGUGGAAAGUUUAGACGAGUACGUUGAGUACGAAUUUAGGGUUCUCGCCUAUACAGUGAAGGGAGCAGGUCCUUUUCACCGCAUCAACAGCACUACUGAUCAGGAUGUCCCUGGAGCUCCCCCACAGCAUGUUUAUGGCUAUAACAUCAGCAAGCACGACAUCCGGGUCUUAUGGGAGGAUGUCCCCUUUCGUGACGUCAAUGGUAUCCUGCUUGGAUGUAUGGUUUUCUUCAAUGAGUCAUCGGACGAAGUCUUUAAUGAAACUGUUCCAUUCCCAAGAAAAAACGUCACUUUGAGCUUCCUAAGACCAUAUACCUUCUACACGAUACAAGUGCUUGCAUUUACCAUAAAAGGAAAUGGGCCAAAGAGCCCACCAAUCACCGUAAGAACAGAAGAAGAAGCACCUCAAGUAUACCCGUGGAAUGUCACCGGGCAAAACACCACCUCCCGCUCUAUCUACCUUCAGUGGUCUGCUAUUCCACCGGAAUUAGUAGCUGGCGUUUUGCGGGAGUACAGAGUUGUCUAUGUCGAACUGAACGAUUUGAAUGAUCCGGUAAAGACGCAUACGCUAAGACUGCCAAUCGACCAGUUGUCUGUAAACCUGACAAAUCUUGAAAAGUAUACCAAUUAUAGUUUUCAAAUUCAAGGAAUUAGCAAAUUCUUUGGAGUGAAUAGUCCACCCAUUGUUAUCAUCACAGAUCAAGAUGUCCCAAGUCUUCCACCGCUGAACAUAACCUCAACUAACACAAGUUCCACGAGUCUAUUGAUCACUUGGGAACAGAUUCCCAAGAAACUAGUUCAUGGCAUUCUCCUGGGAUACAGAGUGUUUUACUAUCAGCACACAAACGCAUAUCAUGGGAGAAGAAGGCGCAUAAGAUCUGUCGAAACUCUCAACGAAACCGUUAGAACCUUACCUCCGAACGCAACAUCUCUUAGAAUAUUCAACCUAAAAAAGUUUACUUAUUACUCCUUUCAAAUUGUUGGCUUUACGAGUAAAGGCGACGGCCAAAUAAGCCUAACUUAUAACGUGAGCACGGAUGAGGACAUCCCUAGCAAGCCACCUGUGGGACCUAGCGCGGUUAACUUGAGUGGACCACAUUCCAUUCUGGUGUCCUGGAAGCCGGUCCCAGAGGGCUUUGUGCACGGAAUCUUGUUGGGAUAUCGCAUCCUCUACAGAGUACUGAGUAUAGCUGAAGAAGACGUGAGGCAACCGACAUUAACCACAACAGCCAAACCAACAGCACUGAAUUUUACAUUGACAGGGCUUCUGAACUAUGCUGUAUAUGACAUACGAGUGUUAGCAUUCACAGUGAAAGGGGACGGAGCGGGAACUCAAAGCAUUAUAGCAGAAACUUGCACGUGCCCAUUGAGAAUGACAACUAACUGGCAUUCCCUGCCUCCUUACAUGAAGCUUGAGAACGGUUCUUACAUAGGAGCUUUUCCAUUUAUAUUAAACUGGGCAACUCGCACGUGCUGUUUGCCUUGCACCAAUGGACACGGAGCCACUUCAGUGGAUUAUGAACAUGACAGAGAAAGAGUACCCGCUGAAAAGGAUAACGUGUCGUUAGUACACAAGAUUGAGUACGAGACCGACUUGAGCUUCCCCAUAGAGGGGUACAGGGGUCAGUCUACAUUUGGGGUGUAUCGCUAUGUACCUUUGAUGGAGUCGGCCGGGGUGGCUUUUGUCGCACCUGUGCCUUCACCUGAAGAGAGAGUCAGUUUUGUGAUAUGGGUCGCCACUGCCUGCUUCCCCAUGCUGCUCCUUUCAUUGUUAAUGAUGGCGCUGGCCGCAAGUGUUAUAUGGGUUCUUGAAUCGACAACUAACCCCGAGGAGUUUCCAAGUUCGUUCAUAGGAGGAUUAUGGGAAGGAUUUUGGUGGUCCUUUAUCACAUGCACAACAUUAGGUUAUGGCGACAAGGUUCCUCGUACCCUCCUAGGAAGACUUUUUGCGAUAGCCUGGACGCUAUUUGGCCUCGUCAUGAUUUCGUUUCUUUUGGCUGAUAUGACCAAUGCUUUCAUAUCAUACUCUUUGUUUAAAACCACCAACAAGAAAGUUUAUGGUGCUAAGGUUGGAGCCAUCCAAGGUUCUCCGGAAUAUUUAUUUGGGCUGCGCAAAGUGGCACGUAUGAAUCCAGUUCAACAGUAUCAUACAUAUAGUGCCAUAAACAAAGCUCUCAAAGACAAAGAGGUAGAAGGCGCUCUUAUUGACGUGUAUGUCCUGUCCAUGCAAAGGCAUCUCUCCUCCAAUCGCGAUUUACGAGUAUUAAAGGUCUUCGACUACCAGAAGACCUACGGAGUGGUUCUAGCAGGGCCGUCAAUGAAGUUAGAAAAGUGUUUCUUUGACUUCGCGAAGUUCCAUAAAUGGGAGAUUUACCACAAGAUAGAAGAAACAAUAAGGAUUCCUGUGCCUCACGAAGAAUCAAUCGCGGAGGAAAUAAGUGGCGGUUUGUUUGACCCGGAUAGUUCCCAGUUCUCUUUCAGCUAUCUCGCUCUGACGAUUGUCUUGGGCUUUGCACUCCUUUGCGGGUUGGUGGGUCAGAUAUACUGCAGGAAAGUGAAACAGCACUCAACCAUAAUAAAACCUGACAAACAUUUCGCGUCUCUGCGACAACAAUUGAAACAGGAGGUGAAUACAUUUUAUCAAAGGUUCUGUGAAAUUGCUAACGAACUGAGGAGAGCUCACAACAAAGAAAGACGACAACUCCUCGAACGCAGGAGGAACAGCUUCUUCCAAAUCACACUAAAUUCAGUUAGAAAAUUAUCCACCGAUAGCUGACAUCGUUAUAACAUCGUUUUGCAUGAACAUUCAAAGAAAUUAUUCUGUAUCCAAAGGACCGCAAGACACGAUGUCACAUGUUGAAGACCCGUCAGACUUCCCCCAAAACUCAUUCUUAUGGACUAGUCAUUAUCUACCGCCCGGGUUGGGGAAGGGGGAAGGGGAAGGGAGGGUUUGGGGCUGGAGGAUUUUUUGGGGAUCACAUGGUUUUCAUGAGGAAGAGGGGGAAGUGUCAUUUGUUACCAACAGAGUAUAAAGGGAGGACUAUAGAGAAUUGACCACCAAUAAGGUGGAUCACUUGAAUUUUUUAAAGAGCCUUGUAGAGGAAUCAGGUAACUUCUAUCAUGACACAACCAAAAUCCUCCCGCCCUUCCCACCACCCCAACCCAGAGAUAAAUAAAUACAAGAUAUAUAGAUGAUAUUUACUCAUCGCUUCGCGAUUCGCGCGAUAUCGGUUUUCGCGUGCAAUUUAACGCGGGAUUCCCACGUCUGGUAAUGAAUUUUCCUAUAAAAUACGCAAAUAGGAAUUUACAGAAUAUCAACCUAGCUAAUGCCAAUUUCAACCUGACAGUUAUUUUCGUAUCACUUUUUUUUUUAAUGACAAAGGCGAGGGAAAUGUUUCAGCCUGAUAUUUCAACAGGAGGUAAUAGACUAAAUCGAUAUACGCUUUGGGACAUUUCCAGUGAUUUAGAAUACAUAUAUAUAUGAAUGGUG